AUCUACCAUUUGUUUAUCCCCAAGCGAGUCAGAAACUGCAGGCUUGUUGAGCUUUCCUGCCUCUCUCCUUCCUUCUUUAUAAGGAGACGAACGAACGAGCUCCGCAUAGAGAGGUACGGCCAGGACAAGCCAUUGCGUGCCUUGCCGAAAGCUGAGCGGAGCUAGCUAGCUGCUGCUCGAUCGAGAAGGGAGGGGUAGGCCGGCCGUUGCGGCUAGCUAGCUAGCUUGGUUGGUUGGUUAAGUUGCCAUGGAGGUCGCCGUCGAAAGGCCGCCGCCGGCGCCGCAGGUGAAGGCGGAGGAGAAGAGACCCGACGCCAAGCCAGAGAUCGCCGCCCGGCCACCGAUGGUAGGAAGCGCUCUUCCGAUAGUCUUCGAAAGCUUUCCAUCGACGCAAAGAGACGCGGCCGGCGGCAUCAACGUCAAGCAGGAGGAACGCAGGCUGGAGGCGGCCAGGGCGGAGAUGGGCGAGGUGAGGGAGGAGAACGAGCGCCUCAAGUCGAUGCUGUCCCGCAUCGUCAGCCAGUACCAGUCCCUGCAGAUGCACUUCCUCGACGUCGUCAAGGUGCAGGAGCAAGCAUCGUCUGCAGCCAAGGUGGCCGAGAAGAAGCUCCCCGUCGCGCCGGCGCCGGCGCCGAAUCCCGGCACCGACGACGACGGCCCCGACGACCUCGUCUCCCUGAGCCUCGGCACCAGGGCAAAUAGCGGUGGCGCACCCCGCCGCAAGGGGCACGAGAGGUCGUCGUCCUCGUCCGGCACCGCUGAGACAACCACCGCCGCCGACGCUGAUGACCAAGGCCACCACCAGCUCUCCCUCGGUCUUGGUUUCGCGCGCGGAAACGGGCUGCCGUCGUCCACCACGACGGCCACGGACGACGACAAGGCGAGCCACGCGUCCACGGCGCCCGUCCUGAACCUGACCUCCGACAGCAGCGGCAGUGCCGACGACAACGACGACGCCAAGCCUGCCCUGGCGGCCGCGGGCACAGCCCGUAAGAGCCCGAGCGCCGGUGCCGGUGCCGGAGACAGAUCAGCUGACGAUGAGGUGCAGCAGCAGGCCAAGAAGGCUAGGGUUUCCGUCAGGGUCAAAUGCGACACUCCCACGAUGCCCGAUGGCUGCCAAUGGCGCAAGUACGGGCAGAAGAUCUCCAAGGGGAACCCGUGCCCGCGCGCCUACUACCGCUGCACGGUGGCGGCGCACUGCCCGGUGAGAAAGCAGGUGCAGCGGUGCGCGGAGGACACGUCGAUCCUGAUCACCACGUACGAGGGCGCGCACAAUCACCCGCUAACGCCGGCGGCGACGGCCAUGGCGUCCACGACCUCCGCGGCGGUGGCCAUGCUCACCUCGGGCUCCACCACCUCCGCCGCCUCGGCCUCGCUCGUCCACGGCCACGGCCACCCGCUGCCGGCCGCCGCCGGGCUGUUCGGCCCCACCACCAUGGUCUCCACCGCCGCGUCCUGCCCCACCAUCACGCUCGACCUCACCUCCCCCGCCGCGCCGCACUCCCUCAUGCACUCCUCGCCCUACGCCGCCGCCGCAGCAGCAGCAGCAGCAGCGGGGUUCGAGUCCAAGGCGUUCCCGGCGGCGUGGAGCAACGGGUACCUGGCGUACGGCGGCGCCCACCCGUCCUACUACUCCAAGAGCUCGACGUCGCCGGCUCUGGGGCACCUGUUCGGUGGAAGCCUGGGCGUGCCAUCGAGACCGGAACAGCUGUACGCCCAGUCGUACCUGCAGAGAGCCAGCAGCCUGGGCGGCGGCCAUGGCGCGGUGGCGCCGGCGGCCGUCACGGACACGCUCGCGAAGGCGAUCACGUCCGAUCCGAGCUUCCAGUCCGCCCUGGCCGCGGCGAUCACGUCCGUCAUGGGCCGCGGCGGGGCCGCUGCUGCCCAGAAGUGAUCAGGAAUUCAGGAUCCGCGGCGCAGGCAUGCACCAUGCGGAAGAUCGAUUGGCAAGGGCAAAUCGCCGUUUUUGAGCCCAGCUGCCAUGCAUGCAUGCAUGGAUUAGUGGUUCAUGUGUAAUUAAUAAGUGCAUCGUGGUUAUUUUACUUUGUUCAUUGGAGUAGUUUUUGGAGUGUUCGUAAUUGGCUGGGGAAAUGGUUGGUGAUCACAAUAUGUCAAUGUAACAGGGAUCAUCAAAUUGAUCGAUCUAUGUACAUAGCACAGACGAGUCAAGAAUUGUACGUAUUUAUGCACCAUGGAUAGAAUGAAAGGAAGUUUUGAUGGAUCA